GUGGAGAAGCUGUCGGACGAGCCCAAGGCGUUCCUCUACCACGGUUUCCUCUCCGCGGAGGAGUGCGACCACCUCAUCAAGAUCGGCACGCCGCACCUGAAGCGCUCGACCGUGGUGGGAGGCAAGGACGACACCGGGGUGCUCGACGACGUUCGCACCUCGUUUGGGACUUUCCUCCCCAAGAAGUACGACGACGUCCUCUACGGCAUCGAGCGCAGGGUGGAGGACUUCAGCCAGAUCAGCUACGAGAACCAGGAGCAGCUCCAGCUCCUCAAGUACCACGACGGGCAGGAGUACAAGGACCACCAGGACGGGCUCACGUCCCCGAACGGCGGAAGACGAAUCGCCACCGUCCUCAUGUUCCUGCACGAGCCCGAGAAGGGCGGGGAGACCUCGUUCCCGCAGGGAAAGCCCCUCCCCGCGGUGGCGCAGCGGCUGCGGGGCAUGAGGGACGAGCUCAGCGACUGCGCGUGGCGCGACGGUCGCGGGCUCGCGGUGAAGCCCCGGCGCGGGGACGCGGUGCUGUUCUUCAGCUUCAAGAAGAACGGCGGGUCGGACAUCGCGAGCACGCACGCGAGCUGCCCGACCGUGGGCGGGGUGAAGUGGACCGCCACCAAGUGGAUCCACGAGAAGCGCUUCGACACCGGGGUGUGGCGCGAACCGAAGUGCGUGGACGAGGAACCCGCCAACUGCCCCGGGUGGGCCAAGUCGGGGGAGUGCGCCAACAACCCGGCGUACAUGUUGGGGGGCGAGACCCCGGGGAAGUGCCUCAGGAGCUGCUGCGCC